AUGUAUGUUUCUAAUUAUGUAUUUAUUUUUUGUCCAGAUGUGAAGAUUGUGGGAAUUGCAGACAAUGACAAGCUAGCCAUACUAAGAGGAUGUCCUGGACUUCCGGGACAAUCAGGACAGAAGGGAGAACGUGGAUCAGUGGGAGAGAAGGGUGAAAGGGGACUUGAUGGGAUCCAAGGGAUUGCCGGACCCCAAGGGCAAAAAGGAGACAGCCCUAGUGGAAUGAGCUUCUACUUUGCAAAGAACUGUAAGGAGCUGUUGGAUCAUGGAGAGGUCCUAAGUGACUGGUACACAAUAUACCCAGAUGGCGAGCGACCACUAAAGGUGCUGUGUGAUAUGCACACCGAGGGAGGAGGCUGGAUUGUUUUCCAGAGACGCUGGGACGGUUCUGUAGACUUUCUACGUAACUGGAAUUCUUACAAGACAGGAUUUGGAAGUCGUCUUAAUGAGUUCUGGUUGGGGAACGACAAUCUUCACAAGAUAACAACAGUUGGCAAAUGGGAACUUCGUGUUGAUCUCCAGGACUUCGACAGCAAAAACUACUAUGCCCAUUAUAACUCUUUUCAAAUCUUGGGAGAGGAUAAUAAGUACAAAAUGUUGCUUGGAGCCUUCAAGGGGGGUAAUGCAGGAGAUUCACUGAGCAGUCACAAUAACAUGAAGUUCAGCACCAUAGACCAAGACAACGACUUCUCUAAAGAAAAAAGCUGUGCAAACAAAUAUAAAGGAGCUUGGUGGUAUUGGGACUGUCAUCAAGCAAGCCUGAAUGGGUUGUAUCACCUGGGAAACCAUAAGAGCCAUGCUGAUGGCAUAAACUGGAACGCUGGUAUGGGUCACUACUACUCUUACAAACAUUCAGAAAUGAAGAUCCGGCCUGUGACAAAGUAGAGGAAGUAACAAAAUGUGAAAAGGAAACAAGAUGGCGCUGGUUCAUCCACUGGAAUGUUAGUCUGAUACAUAGCAACCCUCUGUACUGACUUAAAGGGACAUGAAACACAAUUUUUUUCUUUCAUGAU